AUGCUCUCGGAAGAGUCCAAAGCAAGCAAUAGCACCGCUAUUGCUCAAAAGCGGGCUGAUAAUAUUGAAAGGUCGAUCCACAAGAUUGGUGAAUUCGUCAAAAAAUUCAAUUUGCAGAAAGAUUUAGGACAGGUUUCAGUGAGGUUGGCUCGGUUGGAACAACUUUUUGUCGAAUAUCGAGAGGUGAUUCUGGAGUUGCAACUUUUAUCUGAAACAGAAGAGGACUAUGAAAGCUCACUCGAUGAAAUGGAAGAACAGUACUACGUCUACAAAUCCAUUCUAACUACAUAUUCACCGGAACAAGCAAGGCUAAACCCGCCAAGGGCAAAAGAAACGUCAUUUAAUCACAUUAAAUAUGCGGAACUCAAGUUACCCGAUUAUAGCGGUAGACUUGAAGAUUGGCAAUCAUUUCACGAUUCUUUCCACACUGCGGUUCACUCAAGUAACCAAUUAAAUGAAAUUCAAAAAUUUCAAUACUUGAAAGGUUGUUUGAAGGGCGAUGCCCUCCGAGUGAUUGACUCGAUUGCCGUUUCCUCGGAAAAUUAUUCCUUAGCUUGGAAAACUCUGAACAAUCGUUACGAUAACAAGAGAAUGCUAAUAAAGUGUCACUUAAAAGCACUGUUUGACACCCCCGCAAUUCGCCGGGAGUCUCCUGAGUCCUUGCUUAGCUUAGUUGAUAGCUUCGAACGCAACGUUUCAAUUCUCAAGCGUCUUGGUGAACCCGCAGACCGCUGGAGCUCAAUUCUCGUUUAUCAUUUGAGCCUCCGAUUAGAUAAUCAUACACUACGUGAAUGGGAACAUUUCUCAUUGAGAAAUAGUGGAAAUGCAGUAAAUAAUCCAAACGAUGGAAUGCCAACGUAUGUCGAUAUGAUCAAAUUUCUACAAGACCACGCACGCGUUCUCCAAUCGCUUUCAACGCAAUUCAACACUCAUCACCAGUCUCGAGUUAUGGAAACAAAUUCUAAGCCAUGGAAAACAACUCUCCACGUAGCAGAAACAUUAUCGUCGUCCCAUCACACGUGUCAGUGCUGUGAUCAAGCUCAUUUUCUCGGGAGCUGCAGCAAAUUCAUCGAACUAUCGCCUCAUGAACGUUUAGGUCUCGUGAAAACACUUCGCCUGUGUUUAAAUUGCUUGAAAACAACAGCACACAGUUGCAAAAACUGUCCAUCAGGAGCCUGUCGAAAAUGCAACCGCAAACAUCAUACAUUACUCCAUUUACCUCCGCUUGUACCCGUAGAAGAUCAACAGAUUUCACAAAAUGUUUACAGAACAAAUGAGUCGUUUCAAAUUCCAACCAGCCACACCGAACCUGGUCCUUCUUCAAUGUCGCACUUGUCGCAACCAAACGCUCUCGCUCCUCGCACUGAUCAAAUUCAAUCAGCUUAUUUCGCCAAGUCAUCGUCGAAUUUGGAACCUAUCUUGAACCCACCUGAUGCGUUAACGACACAAGUGGGAUCUCGCAACACAACAAUUCUACUAUGGACGGCUUUAGUCAACUUUGAAAAUCGGAACGGAACAAGUUGUCUGGCGCGAAUACUUCUCGACAGUGGAUCGCAGUGCAACUUUAUGACAGAGGCAUUGCGUCACAAACUCAAUCUCGAUCGUACCCACACACCAACCGACGUGGCAGGAAUUGGCUCAACCGUCACAAAAAUUGAUUACUCUGCAGAAGCGGUUAUCUCGUCUCGUUUCUCGGCCUUCCAUAAGGAGCUCUCGUUUUACGUAUUACCGUCGAUAACUAGAAUGUUGCCUUCAAGCUCCGUGGAUGUCGCUGAAUGGAACAUUCCUGACCACAUUCGUCUAGCUGAUCCUACCUUCAACAUUUCCGGUCCCAUCGACGCCAUCGUCAAUUCUCAGGUGGGUCGGUAG